AUGGUCGUCGCAACGAUAAAAUGUGUCGUCGUCGGUGACGGUGCUGUCGGAAAGACGUGUUUACUUAUAUCUUAUACUACGAAUAAAUUCCCUUCCGAAUAUGUUCCUACAGUCUUCGAUAACUAUGCCGUCACAGUUAUGAUCGGGGAUGAACCAUAUACACUCGGUCUAUUUGAUACCGCCGGACAAGAAGAUUAUGACAGACUUCGACCUCUUUCAUAUCCACAAACCGAUGUCUUCCUCGUUUGCUUUUCGGUAACCUCGCCCGCAUCAUUCGAGAACGUACGAGAGAAAUGGUUCCCAGAAGUUCACCAUCACUGCCCCGGCGUACCUUGUUUAAUCGUUGGCACACAGACCGAUUUGAGAGAUGAUCCCAGUGUCAAAGAAAAGCUUACAAAACAAAAGAUGAAGCCGGUCGAAAAGAGUGAUGGUGAGAGGAUGGCCAAGGACUUGGGGGCUGUUAAGUACGUUGAGUGUAGUGCUCUGACUCAAUACAAGUUGAAGGAUGUUUUCGACGAAGCGAUUGUUGCGGCAUUAGAACCUCCUGCGCCAAAGAAGAAACAACAUAAAUGUUUAAUUCUUUAA